AUGACAGAGACAAAGCUGCAGGAGUUUCCUCUGGAGGAGAAAGAGGUUCAUAAGAUUCUUACCCAAGUGAACGUGACGCGACGACAGUGUGAGAUCACCAGGACCAGUCCACAGGGGGGUGGUCCACAGAGGGGUGGUCCACAGGGGGGUGGUCCACAGGGGGGUGGUCCACAGGGGGGUGGUCCACAGGGGGUGUUCCACAGAGGGGUGGUCCACAGGGGGGUGGUCCACAGGGGGGUGGUCCACAGAGGGUGGUCCACAGAGGGUGGUCCACAGAGGGGUGGUCCACAGAGGGGUGGUCCACAGAGGGGUGGUCCACAGAGGGGUGGUCCACAGGGGGGUGGUCCACAGGGGGGUGGUCCACAGGGGGGAUGGAUGGUCUUAGUUUUGUCAGUGAUUGUGCUGCAGCUGGUGUGGACCAUGUGUCUGCCCUCACUGUUCCUCUCCCUCAGGACCCAGACCUGGGUCUCACUGUUCCCUGAGGACCCAGACCUGGGUCUCACUGUUCCUCUCCCUCAGGACCCAGACCUGGGUCUCACUGUUCCUCUUCCUCAGGACCCAGACCUGGGUCUCACUGUUCCUCUUCCUCAGGACCCAGACCUGGGUCUCACUGUUCCUCUCCCUCAGGACCCAGACCUGGGUCUCACUGUUCCUCUCCCUCAGGACCCAGACCUUGAGGCCAAACGGAAAGCUGAGCUGGAGAAGAUCCGGACCCAGAAGAAGAAGUUCAAGGAGAAAAUCCAGGAAACGAUUCAAAGACAGAAGAAAAAUCACGUCAAAAAGAGCAUCAAGAAACGACGAGACAAAAGACAGAAAAGUCUCUCUGCUGCAAAGUGA